GACAACAGUCCGCUCGCCGUAUAACCUCUCAACAGUCAUGACGAAACAUCAGCCCGCCGAGAGUGAGAUUUGGGACGACUCUGCUCUAGUUCAAUCAUGGAACGAAGCGCUGGAGGAAUACAAGAAAUACCAUAGCAUGUCUGCACGGGGUGAGAGAGUCGAGGAUGUUCUAGAUGCUGUUGAGAAGGAAGAAGAGGCACAAUCUGCCACUAAUCUGGAGAACGAAUUAAUCGACGAAACCACUGGUCUGCCACGCUGGGAAUCCGUCGAAGAACACAAGAUGCCUGUCCAGGAAUCUACUGCAGAUUCAGCACCUCUACAUAUCGAAGCACAAGCAGAAUCGUCAGCCUCUGUUACUCAACAGCCCCCUCCGCCACAAGUUCUUCUCGACUCUGUCCAAGAUGAAGGUUUGAAAGCACUUAUGACAUCCUGGUACUUUGCAGGAUACUACACUGGCCUCUACGAAGGGAAGCAACAGGCUCAGGCCCAGGCAGCUCAAAGUCACUCAGCUUCCUGAUUGACUCAAUCUGAGUCUCUACUUCUUCAUCAAUAGUCCACUGUCGGCAGGACUGGACGUGCCGUUCCAGAGAGAGUUCAGGCCUGGUCGAUACCACAUACACUAUCCGAUAGCACAGAAUGCUCGUUAGCGAUAACGCAAUUGGCACAGUUGAAGCACCGGUCCAGGCAGCAGCAUACGCAUAUCUUCCCAGCGCGAAGGUGCCUACCCACCACGACGCCCGAGAGCCAUUCGGGACGACUGUUGGCAGUGAACGAAGCACUUUGACCUGCUUCGCUCUGUCUACCCUGCACCAGAUUGGGUUUUCAGGAGCCUAGCCAUGAAUAGGGGCCAGACGACUGUUUGCCCAAUGCUGUUAUCUGAUAGAACUCAAUCUCGAAAGUCGUCUUCCCAAG